AUGGCCCGUAGGAGGAGUUCUGGGUCGAGAAAUAACCAAGGAGCGGCUCACGGGGAAGCGGAAGCCGCAAAGAGGUAUCGUCGUGCCGAGGUAGCAGCAAAGAGGUCUCGCCGCGCCGCCGAAGCAGCAAAGAGGUCCCACCGUGGCGCCGAAGCAGCGAAGAGGUCCCGCCGCACCGCGGAAGCAUCACGGAGGUCCGAUCGCGCUGCAGAAGCAGCACAGAGGUCAUGUCAUGUCGCGGUGGCCUCAAAAUAUCUCUCGCUGGUAGUUGAGGGCUCUCAGAAGUGCAUUUGCAACUACAUGCGCGCUGAGCUCAAUAAGCUGAAGGAGGAGAUCGCCGGCUGGGCGAAGCUGCAGGAGGAGAGCAAUGCCUCGGUUCAUAAGGCGACCUGCGUCAUCCAGGCUGGUGGAGAAUCCGUGGCUGCUGUCAAGCGAAGUAUUGAGGACGUGAAAGAGAUCAUCGCCGCUCGCCACGAGAUAUCUUGUGCCAUGGACGCAAUGACGAAGAUGGCGGAGGAGAGGCGAGAGGAGAUGAAGGUCGUGGAGACAACGAAGGAGUUGGAGGAAAUCCGUGCCCUGCAGCAACCCAUCAUGAAAUAG